UCGCGGGAAGAGCGGUGGGCACGGCUGUGGCUCCGUCUCCCGGCUGCGCGCGGAGCGGGAGGGCUCUCCUCACACAAGCGCUUCCUCGCGGAGGACUUGGAGCUGCGGCAGACGCAGGCCUGGGCAGCCCCUUCUCUGCCGCCUCUUUCUCUUCCUGAGGGCUCCCCGGUCCUCUUGCCCUCCGACGCUACCCAGGUAUGGUCUGAAUAUGCGUUGCUUGGCAGCUCGGGUCAACUAUAAGACUUUGAUUGUCAUCUGCGCACUCUUCACUUUGGUCACAGUACUUUUGUGGAAUAAGUGUUCCAGCGACAAAGCGAUCCAGUUUCCACGGCACUCGAGUAGUGGCUUCAGAGUGGAUGCGUUAGAAAAAAGAGCAGCAGCAUCUGAGAGCAACAACUAUGUGAACCACAUGGCCAAGCACUCUGAGGAGGCAUUCCCUCAGGAACAGCAGAAAGCGCCCCCUGUUGUUGGAGGCUUCAAUAGCAAUGGGGGAAGCAAGGUGUUAGGGCUCAAGUAUGAAGAAAUUGACUGUCUCAUAAAUGAUGAACACACAAUUAAAGGGAGACGAGAGGGGAAUGAAGUCUUUCUUCCAUUUACCUGGGUAGAGAAAUAUUUUGACGUUUACGGAAAGGUGGUUCAGUACGAUGGCUAUGAUCGGUUUGAAUUCUCUCAUAGUUAUUCCAAAGUCUAUGCACAGAGAGCCCCUUAUCACCCUGAUGGUGUAUUUAUGUCCUUUGAAGGCUACAAUGUGGAAGUCCGAGACAGAGUCAAGUGCAUAAGUGGGGUUGAAGGUGUACCUCUAUCUACACAAUGGGGACCUCAAGGCUAUUUCUACCCAAUCCAGAUUGCACAGUAUGGGUUAAGUCAUUACAGCAAGAAUCUAACUGAGAAACCCCCUCACAUAGAGGUAUAUGAAACAGCAGAAGACAGGGACAAAAAUAGCAAGCCCAAUGACUGGACCGUGCCAAAGGGCUGCUUUAUGGCUAGUGUAGCUGAUAAGUCUAGAUUCACCAAUGUUAAACAGUUCACUGCUCCGGAAGUAGGAUUUUGUGAAAUGACAGGACUGCAAAGCAAACCAUCGAGCAGUAGCCAAGAGAACAGCGAAAGAGGAAGAAAAAAGUCCUGGAAAGGAUCAGAAAUAGAGCUGCCCACGGACUGCUGUCUUGGGAGGAAGUACUAUGUGAACUUCACAGAUGAAAAAACAAACUUGGAGAAGUCAAACGACUCGCCAGAAGUCAUUCAGUAAUUUGACAGCCAAGAUCUGGAAGCCAGGUAGCAAGAACAGAAACCCAGGGCUCCUUGAGAGAUGGAACGUUCACUGUAAAGAGAUGUGUGAAUAGAAACCAGGCCUUAGGAAAAGCAGAGCAGCUGCAGGAAGGCUGGACUGGGAACUGUCACCCUGGCAACUUCCAUUAAGAAGAUGAAGGUAAAGCCCUGUCUCUUCCUUCCAUCUGGCCCCACCCUACCCCCAGGUUCAUUCAGACUUUCCUGCUUACCCUUGACCUGGGCCCCUACCAGGGCCAACUUAUCCAUUAGUCACAGCGCCUAAGGCCCUCGAUGCUUUUUAGGAGCCCACAGAAGUGUUUUAAUUUUAAUUUCUUUUAAAAUCCGAAGAAAAAGACGAAUAUAAUAAUGGCCAGGGCUUCCCUGGUGGCGCAGUGGUUGAGAAUCUGCCUGCCAAUGCAGGGGACACGAGUUCGAGCCCUAGUCUGGGAAGAUCCCACAUGCCGCGGAGCAGCUAGGCCCAUGAGCCACAACUACUGAGCCUGCGCGUCCAGAGCCUGUGCUCCGCAACAAGAGAGGCCGCGAUAGUGAGAGGCCUGCGCGCUGCGAUGAAGAGUGGCCCCCGCUUGCCGCAACUAGAGAAAGCCCUCGCACAGAAACGAAGACCUAACACAGCCAAAAAUAAUUAAUUAAUUAAAAUAAUAAUAAUGGCGAAUAGAAAACAAUGAAUCCAGCCUGGAUUAUAUUUGUCGUAAUACCAAUGCAGUCAUAUAAUUCUAGUACAUUUUUAGGGAGAGAGGAACCCACCUACAAAGACCCUGCCCACACCUUCCCCAGCCCCUCUACACCGUGACCUUUCAGGUGCAACCACCAUGAACCACCUCUCCUUGUUUCUUACUGAAAAUUCCACAGAGAAUCCACUGGAGACAUUUUGAGUAUAAAGAUGUAACUAGGAAGUACGCUGACUCUGAUGAAUUUUCCUUGGGAAAGGGCUUUCCGGAAUGGACUCCAUUAAGUCAAUUGAAUUCCUUGAUCAAUUUUCUAUAAAGCCCAGUUAAGCCAUUUCCAAUUUUUUCACUUUUUCAUUUCGAGUUGCCUAAAACUAUUUUCAUGGGGACCAAUUCUUUUUCACUUAAGUUUUAGGUUAGAAAUUUGGUUCAUAGAUCACAUUUUGGUCAGUACCAGAUUUCACUGAUGAUAGUUUCUGUCAUGGCAAGUUUUCUUUUGUGAGCUUUAUUUCUACCAAGUCCAUUUUCUAGGGUCAAAUUUUGUUCUAACUUUGGUCCGGAUCGUUUGAUUCUUUCAUAAUUGUAGUAGGUAACAACCCGUCUAAUUUAGCCAUCUCAGUUUUUCUCUGCAUUAGAUAAAAGACGAGUCUCUAACAAUUUCUUAGCUCAUACCACAAAAAAAUUGAGACUACAUUUAUGAGCUAGAGAGAUGGGGUGGGGCAGGAGGGCAGGCAGAGUAGACAGAAGUUUAGCAGCACUCCUGAGUUGCUGAGUACACACAGGAUGUCCUGGGGAAGCGGGUGGGGUCGAUGGGAAGGUGGAAAUAUUCUCCAUUCCAGCUCACCUUUGUCUACUCUUAUGUCAUAGUUCACUUGACUACCCUUUGGUCAACCAGGGGUAAGAGGACAGCUGUGGUAUAAAAUAUGAUGGCCUAGAACUGCCAGUGAGUCAACAGCUGGGGCAAGCCAGUGUCCCUUACGAAGGAGGUAAGGCAUGAAACCAGGGGUCUUGGGCCAGACAACCUGGAGAGUUGUCUCCGUGUCAGGAAGCACUUCCACAUGUACUACGUCCUGGGAAUUCUAAAUGGUGCUGGGAGGCAGGCCGUGUCACCUCGGAUUCAUGGACAAGGAAGAAAAAUAAGUCCAGUAAGGUGAGUCUUCUUGUUCCAUACUCAGUGAUUCUCCAUUAUGCCUCACAGCCUCUCUGAAGAAGGGUCUUUAGGUGGUCUCCUAACAUUUCUGGGGCCUGGAACAAGAGUACAAAUGGAGGGCUUCCCUGGUGGCGCAGUGGUUGAGAGUCCGCCUGCCAAUGCAGGGGACACGGGUUUGUGCCCCGGUCCAGGAAGAUCCCACAUGCUGCAGAGUGGCUAGGCCCGUGAGCCAUGGCCGCUGAGCCUGUGCGUCCGGAGCCUGUGCUCCGCAACGGGAGAGGCCACAACAGUGAGAGGCCCGCAUACCGCAAAAAAAAAAAAAAAAAAAGAGUACAAAUGGAGGCCCACCAACCACAUGACUAAAUAUUUCAAAGUCCUUAAUCAGGCUCACAAGCCCUUUAAAGAAAGUUUUCUCCUCCUACCUUAACAGAUAUACCUUAAUAAUGACAAAAUUGAAAAUAGUGUUUUUCAUGUGACUGAAAACUGGCUUUUAUAUGGCUGAAAGUUAGUAAAAUAUCAAAGAUAGCUGAAUUUAAUCAUUACUAUGUAUGUCUGAGUGUUCUGUUGAUGGGCUCAUGAUGUUUGAAAGAUUAAUAAAAUAAAAACAGGUAAGUUAUACAUUAUCCAUUCAGUGCAUCUCUUCCUUUGUUUCAACAAAAUCACAAUGUUGUUAAAUAAUUGGUAACAAAAUUUUGUUCUACUGCCAGAAAUGCCAAGUUAGACAACCUUUCUUGAGUUCUUAGUUUUUCUUUAAAUUCUGUAUGGAGAAAGUUCCAUAUUCUGAGACAGUAGCAACUGGAAUUAGUCAUAUAUUCCUUAAAGUGGUCCUUAGGUUCGGAAGUGAAUCAUAAAUUUUGCAUGUUCAAAUAGUGUAAUAAGCUUAUGUAGAAUAACUCAUCAUUAUCACAGGAAAUGUUACAUAAUAUUCUAAUUGUCCCCUAGGAAUUUCUCUCAUUAUAGAUUUCAACAUCUCUUGAAGCGGUAUCUAGCUUGGUGGUACCCCAAAUGCCAAACCAUAAAAUAUUUGUUGCAGGUCUGUGAUGAGGCAGGGAGGCUGUGAUAGACUGUACGUCGCAAGCACACUCUUUCAUUCAGCUGGUAUUUGUUCAUAGCAGGACUUUCCAGAUAAAGGAAGCAGUGUGUUAAUUUAUAUUCCUUGAUUAGCAUGAAGAAUCCAUGUAGCAUUUCUUAAGUUCUUUCACAUUUUUCAACAUUGGGACAUUAUAAAGAAAACCCAAAAUACCAGUAUUUUGCUCAUUUGUUCAAAUCUCUCAAUUGAGAUUCUGCCUUAAUCUAGGCGGAAAUGGCUAGAAAAUAGUCUCUAUAAACUGGACUAUGUGAAUGUGAAUCUUCUCCUUUACGGUCAUAAGAGCGUUUUAUUACUGCUUUCUAGUUUCCUUACAUUUUAUUGGAAUAUUACUUUUACUGCAUAUUAUAUAUGAAGGUUCUCUCUACUUAUAAAAACUUUUUUCUCUAAACAUUUAAAAAUAUUUUUAGUCUUUUAAAAAAUGACACAGCCAAUUUAGAUUUGUUGGUUUUUUAAAAAUAACCCUUUGCUAACAUUAUGAGUGACAAGCAAAUAAUUAACAAACUUUUAAAGAUACUUUCAUUUUGUGCCAAAGUCCAUGGUUUGCUCUUUGAGGAUCAUCUGCUGUUUCAUUGAACUCUUCUAGUGCUACUGUAUCUUGUCCAAAUUACCUCUGAUCCCUUUAAGACCAUUUUGUUGGGGACUUCCCUGGUGGUCCAGUGGGUAAGACUCCGCGCUCCCAAUGCAGGGGGCCCGGGUUCGAUCCCUGGUCGGAUCCGGCAUGCGUGCUGCAACUAAGAAGCCUGCCUGCUGCAACUAAAAAGUCCCCCAUGCCACAGUGAAGAUCCGCUUGCCACAACUAAGACCUGGCUUGGCCAAAAUAAAUAAAUAAAUAAAAAUAAAAUCUUAAAAAAAAAAAGAACAUCUCAUCAACGUUCCCUAUUACCUUUAUUGAAGACUAUCCACCGUUGGCGGUUUAUUCAGCUCCUUUCUCGUUUCUAGGAAUCAUAUAAGUGGGGUUUUUGACGGGGAGGGGUACAGUGAAAGCUGCUCACUUGUUGUUGGCAAUUUUAAAAAUUUUAAGCAGACUGUCUCUUUCAAGAUUUUCUGUUUCUUUGUGCCUUUUUUUGUCUGAGUUCCACUUCCACAAUUGCUCUUUCUAUCAUCAUGUCUAUUUGCACUCAUUCUCAAUGA